AUGCUUGAGGAUACGACCCCACGCGCGCAGCUCCAUCUUCAACGCAUACUGAACGAAUUUUGGGAAGAUCCCAACGGAACCACGGCAAGGGCGAGGUCGGAAACAAUCCAAAGCUCCCCACUUCCCUACAUGGCUGCAACGAGAUGCCCUAAUAUUGUGGGGUCAUCAAGGGCUCGCUGCGUUCAAAGCGCUGAUCCACGUGCUCGCCAUUUUGCAGUGGGCUUAAUGCGGCGGCAAAGAAACUGCAGUAGUGGUCGUGCCGCAACAACAAAGGGAGAUGGGUCGCCACCACGUCGCAAACUUGUAAGCGUGCCCACGCAUACAAAGCCUAUCCCUUACUUUGGCGUUUUGCCGACUUCAUCGGAGCGCAGUCUACGUCGUGAGACGCACGUGCGAAGUGCAUCUAUGCCGAUACAACGUCUUGUUCGCGUACCUGGAGGUAAAACGGUGGUGGCGAGGGAACAAUUUUUAAGGGAAUUGAGGGCAGGAGAUGCCGUGGUGGGAGAACAUUUUGGCGAAUUUACAAAGACUAAAAAAACUCGUUUUCAACAAAUAGAGGGUGAGGAGACGUUUUACCGACAGUUUAUUUAUCAGACAGUUGACGCCUACACCGAGGCGCUCUGGCAGUUUAAGCGCUACAGGGAAGAGGCUGUUAAGCAAGCAAGAGAAUUGGCAAACAUGGUGGCUCGGUUUGCGUGCGCAUCCACUGAAAAAGCUUCUCAGGAUUCUGAGGAGAACGUGAUCCGCGUCAUGAAACCCGCGCCGGAUGGAUCUCUAAUCGUUGAGGAGGCACUGCGUGGCUUGCAUCGCAUGCCGACCAUUUUGUCUGCCAAUUACUCUCACCUGAUCUCCACUGUCCAUGGUUCGUCUGAGGCAGAAGAUCCAACGUCUGCCGUCUCUAUACCUCCGCCUACUCCGCAGCAGGCAAUGCAACAACCACAACACCAACAAAAACAAGAACAACCACAAACUACAACUGUAAAUGACGUGAAUUUGUUUGUUAAUGGGUUAUCUUAUUUUUCCUCACGUCGUGGAAGUCUGCAAGCGAUGGCUUCUCGAUCGUGUCACUCACUUAAUGGCACUGUUAGUCCCCAUGCGGGGUUGUUAAUGAGUGAAAGUUUUGGUAGUGUUGAUGACGCUCCCUCUGCCUCAGCAUCUAUAGCGAACAUGGUGAUGCGUCAGAGAGGACGUGAUGCGGACCCAGCGUGGGUGGUGGAGGAUCUACAGGAAGAGAAUGUGUAUUGGCAAGAGGAGGCUCUAUGUGCGGUGUUGGAGGCAGAGAAAUACUCGCAGAUGCUGCACACAGUACUUAGUUUACCUCCCGAAAGUCCUCCUAAUGGGAAGAAUGAUGUUGUACCCAGGCGAAUGUCCAUAACAGCCAUAGGGUCGCCCACUCAGAAGCUCCUUUUGCAACGCCUAUUUCUACGACUAAUGCUGGAGAAGGAGGAGGGGGAACGAUGCAGAAUGGAGUCGCAGGAAGCACAAGAAUGGUGGACGCUUUGGUUCUCUGCAAGGGAUGUCGUGACGCAUGUGUCUGACACUUUGAAAGAGAAUGGAAAUGCCGUCCAUAAUAAUCAUCAGAAGAACGGGGGAGUCGGAAAUGAAAAGGAUUGUAAUGAGAAUAAAAGUCCCGUAGAGGAUGCAAGUUACGCCACGCACAGUCACGGAAUAAAACCCUGCUCCAAAAGUGGUAACGCACUCCCUCUUCUGUUCCAGUAUUGGAAGACGUGA